CACUAUUCUUACCACACCCCUCCUAUAGUUAAGUUCCUAUACUAUUCUUACCACACCCCUCCUAUAGUUAAGUUCCUCAUAUAGUUAUGGAGAAGCUCCCACCCUUCUCUCAACUAGCCAAAGUGGCCUUGCUCCUCCUCUUACUCCUCCUCACCCCCUUCAUCUCCUCCUCUCUAAGGCCUUCAUACCUCUACUUCAUCCUUAACAUCCUCAUCGUCGCUCUGGGGGUCGAGGCAGGCGUCCUCAGAGCGGCCUCUGGUCCCUGCAAUGAGAAGAAACCAACCGCCGCCCCUACUCCUAUAAACUUGGGGACUAGUUGUAGUAGUCCUCAUAAUACGAGGAGCGAUUCGACUGCUUCAACGCAUAUUUCAAAGAUUGAGAAUUUCGUAUCUAACUGUAUAAAGGCAGGUGCAGACAAAGCCAGUACGCAAACGAGCAGUAUCGUGUCUAUGAAGCCCGUAGCGAAGGAGAAGGUUGGGAAGAGGGUGGAUGGGCUCAAGAGGUGCCCCUCGAGACCGAGCCUCUUCUUUAUCAGCUCGUUCGAACCGGAGGAUGGUGAGGCGGAGAAGGAAGAGGAAGAAGAGGAGUGGAAGGAUUUGGAGGCGGAGAAGCAAGAGCUUUUUGCGAAAGCCGAGACGUUCAUCGGGGACUUCUACAAGCAGCUGAAGAUGCAGAGGGAGGAUUCAUGGAAGAAGCUCCAGGAUCUGUAUCACAGAGCUUUUUAACUAGGGUUUCUUCUUGAGUAGUCCUAUGUAUGCAAUGUCAUAUAUUUAUAUGUUAGUAACUACAUAGAUAGAACUAGGUCACUCAUAUAUAUAUAUAUAUAUAUGUAAUUUGCAGUAUUCAUUGGUUGGGUCAGCAUUAGUGGAGGUGAGGGAGGAGCCAAAAAAAUAUUUUUAUGAUGGCAACUCUCAUUGUUUCCUUCAUUUAAUUUUUAUUUUUCUUUCAAGGGUUCUAUCUACAUCAUGAUGCAUGACAUGCAACUUUCAUAUGUAUGUACCUCAUGACUUGAAAUAAAAGAGUAUAUUGGUAUUAUGCAAUAA